GGUGUGCUGAAUUAGAGGCGCUUCUUGAAUAAGGUUGUGCUGAAACAAAGUAAACGAUCUUCAGGAUUCAACGUAUUGUUUUGUAAUGAGACUGGAAAUGCAACCAUAGGGGAACUACAGAAUCAGCCUUUCACAUAGUAUUAGAUCCUGAAGGGGAGCGAGACACCAGUAAGAGACCAGUCAGGGUGGAGGGCAGAGGUGUGGAGGGGACACUGAACCAGCGAUGGAGAUUUCUGACUCGGCCAGUGACUGUGAGGAGAGGCCCAGUUCUAGCCCAAUGGAGACAAAGGAGAGGUCCUUCAUAGCAGGUUUGCACUGUUUCAUGAAGGACCGUGGCACACCCAUCGAGAGGAUACCACACCUGGGAUUUAAGCAGAUUAACCUGUGGAAAAUCUACAAAGCUGUCGAGAAGCUUAGCGGUUACGACUCUGUGACAUCGCGGCGGCUGUGGAAGAAUGUGUAUGAUGAGCUGGGCGGCAGCCCAGGCAGCACCAGCGCUGCUACCUGCACCCGCAGACACUAUGAGAGGCUUGUUUUACCCUUUGAGAGACAGUUGAGGGGGGAGGAGGACAAACCUCUGCCUCCAAGCAAACCGCGCAAACAGUAUAAGAGGAGUCCAGACGGCAAGGGGAGCAAGUCUGAGGGCAAGAGGAAGAGGCCCCAUCUGGAAAAGGAGACAGACUCUGAGGGCCAGGUACAUUCUACUCCAUUGUCUCCAUGGACUACUCCAUCUGAAAGCCUCCACCCAGACCAUCCUCCACCAAUCAGUGAGACUACCGUGUGUGACGACCUCUCUUCCUCUGCAUGCACCCUAUCCCGCCCAGCCCAGUGCCCUACCUCAUGCCCCUGGAAAGGAAGUCAGCUCCAGUCUGCUGCUGCAGAUAUCAUCUCUCCUCUGGAGAAGAAGAAGCGUAUGGCCCAGGCCAGCCUGAGCGAGUCCCAGGACUCCCAGAGCGCCAGACAGCGGGACUGUAAGGGCAGGCCCUCUGUGAUCCACUGCUCCCAGUCCCCAGGGCUGUUCCUUCCCAGCCGGACACGCACUACCUCUGAGGGCUCUCCUCUCCCUCCGUCCUCCUCCUCCUCCCGUAGCCCGUCCCCCUACUCCAUCUCUUCUGAGGACUGUCCAGCACUAACUGAAGACAGGCCCCCAGUACCAAAACCAGAAGUACCCCUUCAUUUUUCCAGCAACCCUAUAUCUGCACACAGUGGGGUCCGCAAGCCUCAGACCUGCAGCCCUGAUGUCAAGGAAUAUGUUGGCUUCCCUGGAGGACAAAGAGAUUUCCCUCAGGUCAGCCCCCUACCAGUUGAAACGGUCUCUAUCAAAGGCCGAAGUAAAAACUCUGUAUGGAGCCCUGUCUGCAAUGGGAGUAACAGACAUCCAGCUCACCAAAUACCCCCACCAACGUCUUGCACAUAUACUGUUAGGUCUUGCUUGGUUCCAUCCACCUCCAGUUUCACCAAGGUUUAUCCCAAGUCUAUGGAGUCUUUGCGGCCUAUACCUUUUCAGCCAGGUUACACAUUCCAUCAGAACCCAAAUAGGCCCAUGUUGCAUGAUGACCGUCUGAUCUAUAAGAAGAAAUUACAGAUGGUCCCUCGACAUUAUCAGACGGAGAAGAAGCAGAAGUCCAGGACAAUGCUGCCCAAGCCACUUCCAACUCAACAGCCUGUGUUCCACCCUAAUGCCAGCAUCCCAGUGUCCUACCUCAUCCCAGCCUAUGACAGGACAAGGGGAGACUCUGGGCAGAAGCCACCUGUACACCCUCUCUUUAUACCUACCCACGUCAGACUGUCCCAGUCCCAAACCAGCCCUAUGUACCGCCAUGUCCCAACGGGACACACACAUACUUCCUCUUAUGAGCCUGCUCUCUACUCCUAUCCCUUUCACAUUCCUAUGUGUAAUCCCCAUACUGGAUACAGCAUCACUGGUGUGCAUUAUCCUCACACCAGGCUUUGAUAGCCCCACUCUCAGACUCAAGGCCUAUUGACAAUGUGACAAGUCAAACAGAGAUAAUGACAGUACCUGCUUCGUUCUAGACAUUUUCAAAACUUGCCUCGAACACUGCUGCAUUCUAUGUGAGUGAUCAACAGGGAAACAUUGUUGUGAUUGUUAUGCUGAGAUGUGCUCCCCUCCAUGGCAACUGACAGAAUUGCACUGAUAAAAAGGACUAUACUUUCUGUAUUUGUAACAAUAACUUUGAGGUUUACUGCUAUGCACAUGUGCUUUUACGGGAUCAUCCAUUCAUUUUACAUUGAUAUAAUAUAUGAAACAACACAGAUUUAUUUUUCUAUUUCUGAAUAAAAUCUAAAACUAU